AUUUCUUAGUUAUCGUAUCCUGUCUUCCACCCUCUGACCUACCAAUAUCCAUCAUAACUGUUCCUCAACGGCAUAUCAGACAAAUCACAAUCCAGAGCUCGCCACAAACAUCAAGGCAAGAACAAACAACGAAACCGCAAGGACACGCCUACAAUGACCGCUGAUAAUAAACAAACACCUUCUCUUGCUCCCCCGGCCCUAGAGACGGUUGAGCGUAGCCUGACAACUCCUCCUUCAGUUUUGACCGAUGGGACGACUUAUGAUCCAAACGAUCCCCUUAUGGUAUGACGAACCACUCCAUUAAGAAACAGAAACAAUUUCAAUGCUAAGUAUUUGCUACAUAGUGGUCAUGGAAAAAAAAACACCUAGUCCUCGCUUCAGUCUGUUAUAUGACCUUUAUGACAGAUUUUUUGGCUGGAUAUGGAGUUCCAAUGAUCAUACCGCAGGCGAAAGAAUGGAAACUUACACCGGCCGAUUCUACCCGUUCCUUGUCAGGCAAUACCUUUGUAAGUUUCAGUGCCCGGGGAAGCAGCACCCUCGAGUCCAUUCAGUAUUAUAGUAUUAACGGUUUUUUCCUUCAAUCAUAGACUCAAGGCUUUGGAAGUUUGAUGGCUGUACCUUUUGCUGGGCGUUUUGGAACGUAAGUUUUAGUGUCGAUGUACUAGUAUUUCGGCUUCAGCCUCCCUCUUCUCUUGGUCAUGUUAGCAGCUAAUACCCGAACGGCAGUCUACCCGUGAUGUUCUGGAGCACUUUUAUGACGUUCUUCAUGACCAUUGCCUGUGCUCUGUGUCCGGAUGACUGGAUUGGAUUUAUAGCGAUUAGGGUUGUACAGGGGUUUUUCUCAACGGCUGCACAGGUGCUCGGAAUGACCGUUAUUCAGGACAUGUGAGUUUCGUCCCGUCAUACCUCUACAUCUGCCAUUUCUUUGCGAGAAAUGAGAUUGACCAAUCGCACCAAACCGACCAGAUUCUUUUUCGAAGAACAUGUGAGGAAGCUGGGUAUUUGGGGGUGGUCAAUUUUAAUUGGUAAGAAAGAUUUGCUCCCUGUUCCAACACAAUUUUUAUUAGUGCAACCGCCUCUGUCCCGUGAUUCCCGUGAUGGCGCUAAUGUAACCAUCUUCAGGCCCGUACUUCGGCCCGUUCCUAGCUUCAUUCAUCAUAUCCACACAAAGGUGGCGUACAGCCUUCUGGAUUGUCUCUGCCUUCGUUGGGCUCGGCCUGAUCCUCAUCAUAUUUUUGAUGGAUGAGACUUCCUUCGACCGUACCGAUCAUAGGAACAAUCCACCAAGGCCUGAAACAUACUGGAAGCACAAGGUACAAACAUUGUCUGGCGUGUACGGGUAUCGCGCUCAGGGAAAGCCUACCCUUUUGCAGGGAUGCCUUGAAAUUUGGAAAGUUUUUAGUAAACCCCAAUUCUACACUCUUUGUUAGUUCCUCAAGAUUCCGUCUUUAUUUUACUAUACCAUACUAACUCAAUAGUCUUUUAUCAUGGUGUGACAUACAUGUGGUCUGUUGGGAUCAACGGAAGUCUGGUCCUGUUCCUUGUGCCCCCUCCACCUAAAGGUUACGGGUUCAACAGUGUUGGCAUUGGGCUUAUAUAUUUUGCCCCAAUGAUUGGCGUAGUCCUCGGAGAGCUCUGGGGGCAUUUCUUCAAUGAUUUUAUCCAAUCUCGCUCUAUCCGCAAAAACAAAGGCUUGUUCGAGCCUGAAUCACGUCUCUGGGCAAUAUAUUUCUCCACAGCUUUCAAUGCAGUUGGUCUUGGGCUUCUGGGAAUAGGGUUGAAAAACUUGUGGACUUGGGGCAUUAUUGCGCUGUUGUGGGGAGCAUAUAUAUGGUCUUUGAUGAUCAGCACAGUAGCAACAUCCGGUAAGUGGUUUCUGAAGGUUGCGACACGAUUAAGUUCUGAUAGCAUAUAAUUCCAGCAUACGCACUUGAUUGCUUCCCUGGAAAUUCCGCUGCAGCAUCAGCCCUCCUCAACUUUACCCGUGUUCUUCAUGGGUUCCUUGUGCCGUUUUUCCAGAACAAAUGGGCAAACGCCGUGGGUGCGAACUGGUCCUUUGGCACUCAGGCAAUUGUCUGUGUUCUUGCGUUUGGGAUUAUUCCUGUAGUGCAAAGGUAUGGCAAACGGUGGAGGGAAAAGAGCUCUCUAAGUCCAGAUUUUAUCAUAGUUACCAAGGCCGAACAGCAGACAUGAGGGGUACGCAACUAGGAGCCAUUUUUCAGAAGCAAGUUCAAUAAUGCUAUGAUUUCUCUCUCUCCUCUCGUGUCGUUCCGGACCACCAACGCUCGACCUCUACUUAUUUCGCACCGAUACACAAAUGCUCUAUGACCCAGCCAGGCCCUCUACUCUCUUCGCUGAAGAUAGCGCCAAAUUUCCCUACACUUGGUAAAUACCAGCCAGCGAUAUUUGAAUAUUAAACCGACACACCAAGAGUCCAUUAUAUCCACCUUUCCACAGAAAAAAUGUCAGCCAUGUCAAGUCUUUAAAAAUACCAAGUAGGAACUCACCAGUUUCCCCUGAUCCACUGAAUCCUCUAUAGCUAGUAAGCCCGCUUUGAUAGCCUAGAUAUUUUUGAUUUCUUAGUGUGUCUAAUCACAGUCUGCCCUCCCGCACAGUAAUUCCGAUAUAGCCUAACCUAAUCCAAGUCAGUCCAAGUAAGUAGCAUCAUAAAAAAG